AUGCCUGAAAGCCAGAUAUUCAAGGCAACCUACAGUGGGAUUCCCGUGUAUGAGAUGAUGUGCAAAGGCGUGGCUGUCAUGCGGCGACGCUCAGACUCGUGGUUGAACGCGACACAGAUCCUCAAGGUUGCGGGUUUUGACAAACCCCAGCGUACCCGUGUUCUCGAACGUGAGGUGCAGAAAGGCGAGCACGAAAAGGUGCAGGGCGGGUAUGGCAAGUACCAAGGUACAUGGAUACCCCUUGACCGAGGACUCAAUCUUGCAAAGCAAUAUAAUUGCGAUAAUAUCCUGCGGCCUAUCAUUGAAUUUCAGCCGGCGGCGAAGAGUCCACCACUGGCACCCAAACAUCUAGUUGCCACCACCGUCGCCCGUCCAGCGCGCCGCGCAGUGGUACCAGAACCAUCGAUUAUCAGUACACGUUCGCGACGUCACGUUCCUGACGUCGUGGAAGAAGAGUCCGAAGUCGAGUCGGUCUCUGUACGUGGAUCAGAAGAUGGGUCCAUGACAUCUUCACCAUCGCGUGGCUCGUCAAGCUCGCGCACACCCUCACCCAUCGCGGACCCUUCACCUCACGAGUCGCAAGAAGUUGACGAAGACCUUGCAUCCUCAGCACAUGUUUCUACACGUAGAAAACAGGUUAGGCGCGCUGCGGAUGAUCGGUAUGACGACGCAUCGGACGGAGAACCAUCUUCAAAGCCAAACGGCGUUGUGGAUACGCGCGCGUACAGUGACCAAAUCCUCGAAUACUUUAUUUCAGAUACGAAUCAAGUGCCACAGGUUCUCAUUGUACCACCCCCUGACUUUGACCCCAACAUGGCUAUCGACGAUGACGGGCACACAGCGCUGCACUGGGCAUGCGCAAUGGGCCGUCUUCGUAUUGUUAAGCUGCUCAUCACAGCAGGAGCAGAUAUCUUCAAAGUGAACAAGGCUGGCCAGACCGCUCUUAUGCGGAGUGUCAUGUUCGCAAAUAACUAUGACGUGCGCAAGUUCCCAGAGUUAUACGAGCUAUUGCACCGUUCUACACUCAAUAUCGAUAAUUAUAACCGUACCGUUUUCCACCAUAUCGUGGAUGUCGCUAUGUCAAAGGGCAAAACUCACGCGGCGCGGUAUUAUAUGGAGACUGUGCUUACCCGACUUGCAGAUUAUCCGAAAGAAUUGGCAGACGUGAUCAACUUCCAGGACGAGGAUGGCGAAACGGCUCUCACGAUGGCCGCAAGGUGUCGAAGUAAACGACUGGUCAAAAUUCUGAUUGACCAUGGUGCAGAUCCCAAAAUUGUCAACAAUGAUGGUAAAAGUACGGAAGACUACAUACUCGAGGACGAGCGCUUCCGUUCGUCUCCCGUUCCAUCUUCGCGUCUCGCGGCAAUGUCUUUCCGUAAUGCUCAUGCAGCUUUUCCUACGUCACAACCCCUCCCUAAUUACGCGUUUGCACCAGCCAAUGGCGAUCGGCCACCGCUCCAUUACUCAGUUGCCGGCCAGAAGGCGAGCACGAGGUGUGUCAAUGACAUGGCGAGUAUGCUGGACACCCUUGCUGCUUCCUUUGAUCAAGAGCUUAAAGACAAGGAACGCGAUAUGACUCAGGCUAACGCGCUUUUACAAAACAUCCAACACGAAAUAUUGGAAAGUCAGCGGGCGGUAUCUCAUCUUAAAACACAGGCCGAGGGCCUUCAGCAGGCAAAGCAGACGUUAAGCGAGCUGGAAAACGAGCUGUUGGGAAAGAUGGGACGAAGGCACCGAUUAGGCUGGGAGAAAUGGGUUAAGGAUGAGGAGAACCGGGAAAAGUCAAUACGUGAUGCGGCAAACGGAGAACUGGCCAUUACACCUGCGACCGUGCCCUAUAGGACGGAUGAUGAUAUAGAAAUCGAGGAUGAGCAAGACCAGGAGAAAAACAAGGGCAAGCGGAAAGUCCUGCCUCAAGAAGAGGACAUCACGGACCUAUUGGAACUAUUCGCCAGUGUAACCACGGAUCCAGAACAGUUACGAACUGCAUGCGAGGCGUUGAGGGAAGAACUCACGCAACAUAGGAAGCGGAGAAAGGCAACGUUCGACGGACUCGUAUCUUUCCAGGCAGAAGCUGGUACGAAUGGACGGAUGGGAGAAUACCGCAGAUUAAUAGGAGCGGGAUGUGGCGGGGUGCCUCCUUCAGAGGUGGACCACGUUCUCGGAAUGUUACUCGAGACGCUUGAAUCUGAAGAGCCAAGUUCGACUUCGACUGCUUGGACUGGGGUGAAACCGGCUGCAGUUUCUGUGGGAUAGUGUACAGUGAUAUCUUUUUCGGGCAAAGCUGUGUUAUCCUUUUCAGAAUAUUAAAAUACUGUACUUCUACGUAGAACAUGUAAUACUCCGCUUGGGGACCGAACACUGUAGUUGUCAA